AAUGACUUUAUUCAUAGACGCCAUCACACAGUAGGCGCACGAAAGGAGCGGAGUUACGGUAUCCACUUCCUUCGACGUACCCCGAGCAGUCUGCCACUUGCGCUAAUUUGACUGGUCAAUCCUUAAUCCACGGCGACGGACUCUAGUCUGACCGACGCGACAAGGUCAGGCGGCGCCGGGCACGAGACCACCAGCAUGAUCCGGCGCGCGCUGGCGCAGCUGGAGGACCCGCGGCGGCCGCUGCUGGGGCCCAACAUCUUCCUGCUGAAGCUCACGGGCAUGUACCUGCCGGGCUCGCGGCGCGGGCGCGCGCUCACGGCGCUGUUCCACCUCGUGGGGCUGCUGUUCGUGAGCUCCGAGGUGGUGGAGCUCACGCGCACCUUCUCCGACCUGUUCCUCGUCAUGUCCAACCUCAAGAUCAUGCUGCUGAGCGCCGUGUGCCUGCUGAAGGCGUGGCGCUGCAUCGUGUGGCAGGCGAGCUGGCGCCGCGUGCUGCAGUACGUGACGGCGGCCGACCUGGCCGAGCGGCGGGACGCGCCGCCCGCGCGCGCCGCCCGCGUGGCCGCCUACACCCGCGCCGCGCGCCGCGUGCUCUACGGCUACGCCGCGCUCACCUGCUUCACCAGCAUCGUUUUCGUCAGCACGCCCUUCCUGGAGCGCUUCACCACGCAGUACCAGGCCCGCGGGCCCGAGGAGAAGGUCAACGUCAUCGACAGCAUCUACAUCGCGUACCUGCCGUUCGAUAAGACCACUUUUCCUGGUAAUUUGAUAGCGACGCUGUGGUUCAUCCUGGUGACGAUCUACGGCAACUCGGUGAUGACGGUGUUCGACACGAUGGCGAUGGUGCUGAUGGUGUUCUUCGGUGCGAAGCUGGAGUUGAUCCGCGAGCGCUGCGCGGAGCUGCUGGGGGCGCCGGGCGGGCGGCCGGGGGCGCGCGCGCUGGCCGCCCGCUUCCGCGACCUGCACCAGGCGCACGUCGACCUCAUCGAGCACGCGACUUUGUUCAACACGCUGACGUCGCCGGUGCUGUUCCUGUACGUGGUGACCUGCUCGCUCAUGCUGUGCACCGCCGUCUACCAGCUCACGCUGACGUCGGUGAGCGGCACGCAGAAGCUGGUGACGGCGGAGUUCCUGAUCUUCGCGGUGGCGCAGCUGUUCCUGUUCUGCUGGCUCAGCAACGACGUCAAGAUUAAGAGCGAGCGCACGAUGGAGGGUCCGUACCACAGCGGCUGGCUGCGGGACCCGCGCUGCCGGCGCGAGCUGCUGCUGCUGUCGGGGCAGCUCGCGCGCCCCGUCGAGUUCACCGCCGGGCCCUUCACCGCGCUCUCGCUCGCCAACUUCAUCAACAUACUCAAAGGAGCCUACAGCUAUUACACAUUACUAAAGGAUUGAACUGGCAAUCUCUUCUUAAUGCCUGUUUUAAAUACAUUAACAUUGCUUUAUUCCGACCACGCUUUCUCAGUAUGAAUUAUUAUGAAUGAUUAAUUAUGUAAAACCUUCAAUAUAAUGAGGAAAAAUAAUUCGCUCUCAUUGUUCCAUUUGGUUUGUGAUUUUAAUUAAUAAUUAUCGUCGCUUUGUCUUUCUGUACUUAUUCAUGAGUGACUUUUAUAGGUAGAGAUGUCGUAAAAGUCUGAUUUGUAAUAUGUAGAACAAAAUCCUUGGAGUAUCUCAUAAGUUGAAGUAAAAAUUGUAAAAGGUUAAUCUAUUAAACGUAUAUAGUGGUAUGAGAUUGUUGACAAUAAUGACUUACUACAGUCAAACAAAGCAGUAAGUACAAAUACAUUACUGCGCGAUCAAUCUUCAUACGGCGGGGAGAUUGAUGACGU